AUGAUGGCAUUUGCUUUUGUGAUAAUGUAUGAAUUCAAGGAGGAAAUGGGUGAUAUGGAAGAUUCGAUCAAAAUUGACGAUGAUGACCUCCUAAGUACUACAGGCAACAGUGUAGCGGAUAUGGCUGAAUUAUCUUCCAUUGAACAGCAAAUGGAGGAGUUUGAAGAAGAGCAAAGGAAAAUAAAGCAAAUGCAAAGCGAU